AUGCAUCGAAAAACACGGUUCGUUUGCGUCUCCGAUACGCACGGCUAUACGCCAUCUGAGGCUGGCUUUAGACUCCCCGUAGGCGACGUCCUGAUUCACGCAGGAGACCUGACAAAUCAGGGAAGCAAACCCGAGCUUCGCAAAACCAUGGACUGGAUCGCGGCUGCAGACUUUGAAGCCAAGAUUGUCAUUUGCGGAAACCACGACAUAACCCUCGACACGCCCUUCUACAAACUUCACGGACCAAGAUUCCACAACAAGCAGCCCCAAUCCCCAUCCGAAUGCAUAGACAUCGUCACCAAAGCCUCGCCCUCUAUCGUAUUCCUCCAGCACCAGUCAGCACUAGUGCGGCUGCGCCGGCCCAAUGGGCCAAACACGGUCUUUAAAGUCUUCGGCUCGCCCUACUCGCAAUGCGAGGGCCCCUGGGCCUUUCUAUACGAGUCCAACGAGGCUGAGAGCCUCUGGAGCCAGAUUCCAUUGGAUGCUGAUGUUGUUGUCACACAUAUGCCGCCACGUUUGCAUUGUGACAGAGUGUCUGGAGUGUCGAUGGGGUGUUUGGGCUUGAAGAGGAGGCUGCAGAUGGUUAGACCUUGUCUGGCUGUUUGUGGCCAUAUCCACGAGUCAAGGGGCUUUGAGCGGGUGCGUUGGGCCCCUGUAUCCAAGGAGGCUGAAGGGGAGGGUGAGAAUGCCGAGGACCAAAUGGUAAAAGGUGUUCUUCCGCCUCAGGGAAGCAAAAAGCAAAGCCUUGUUGAUAUGACAGGUAAACGAGCCCCGAAGCUUGAUAAUGACGGGUUUUCCGGGGCAAAAGCUUCUUUCCCGUCGCCAGACUCCCAAGACGUCGUUCUACUUCCGCCGCACAACCCCAAGGAGGAUCAUGGAUUCUCAGAUUCAGACACGCUAUCUGAAGCUCAAAAUACUGACACAUUGGGGCUCCAAGCGCAAAGACGCGAGACAUGUGUUGUCAAUGCUGCUGUCAUGGCGUCUAACUGGCCGCAUCGGGGAGGCAGGAAGUUCUAUCCUGGCCCAAUAGUUGUUGACCUUGAGCUGCCCGUUUGGACGGAAUAG